AUGAAUAUUUUAAAGUUAUUUAUCGACUCAUAUUGGACCUCACCGACCGAUCAACUACUAUACAUCUUCAACAAAUCAAACAAUGAACUAAAAUCCGAUGAAGAAAUCGUAAAAAUCGUCGAAGAAUGGCUCAAACAAAAAAACUACUCUGCUUCCGAUUGUUUCGCCAGAACUCUGGAACACUAUCAACGACAACAUCAACAUCGUCAUAAGAAUAGGUACCGAUACGCAGCAUUGCUCGCGUUCUUGUAUCGUUGGGGAAUCGGCACAAGAAUAGAUCCCCAAAAAACAUUUUAUUGGUACACAUUAGCGGCUGAAAAAUUGCGAGAUCCUCUAGCACAGAAUGAACUCGGAUGGUGUUACAGUGAAGGAUUUGGAACGAAACAGGAUCAUAAAGCAGCAUUUAAAUGGUUCUUUAGAUCUGCCGAGGCAGGAAAUGCUAUCGCAGCAAUGAAUUUAGGACAAUGUUAUUUUUAUGGGGAGGGAACGUCGAUUGAUGAUGCGAAAGCAUUGCAUUGGUACGAAAUUUCUGCACGAAAAAAUUAUUUGAAUGGGCAAAUUCAACUUGCACAAUUCUAUCGUUGCGCUUCGAAACCAUAUCGAAGUACACGUUUAGCAAAACACUGGUACGAAAAAGCGGCGAACUCAGGUAGUCCAGAAGCGCAAGUAGAAUUGGGGUUUUGCUAUUAUCACGCUAUCGGGGUUAGCAAGCAGUUAAAAGAACAUGCAAUAGAAUGGUACAAAAAAGCCGCAAAACAGGAUUACCCACGUGCACAGGCACUACUCGCUAAAUAUUAUUUACACACGGAACCCAGCUUAUCGUUCAAGUAUUAUCUUAGAGCUGCGAAUAACGGAUACCCGCAUGCGAAAAAACGGCUUGCCGAUUUCUACGCUCAAGGGAUCGGCACUAAAGUCAAUCAUGUGCGUGCAUUCUAUUGGUAUCGACAGUGUGCGGUUAAUAAUAAAGAGGAUCAUGAACGGGCAGCUUUGAGACUGGUGAGAUAUUUUGAUAAAGGAUAUGGAACACAGGUGGAUUUGCAUGAAGCAAUCAAAUGGUUCCGUGUUUUUCAGGAGAGUGGCGAGAUGAGUUUUGAUGAUGUUAAAUGGUGUAACCAAUUUCGGCUCAAACUUCAAUAUGGAAAACAUAUACCGAUAGUCGGAUAA